AACAGAAAAUCUUUAAGAAAUAAAUUAAAUUGAGAAAAAACCAAAGGCCGAUUCUUCUUCAGCUGCUUUGUCCACUAUAUUUCAGUAUUUUUUUAAAAAAUCACUAAAAAAACCUGUCCGAACAGCUUCCUUAAUUUUGCUUUUUUUUUUUCCCUCUAUUUUAUUAAAUCCCAAAUCCUCUCAUCAAUUUAUCCACAGAAUUUUUAUCUUCUCUGUUGUCUCCAAAUUCACCACUAUCAACCCACACUCUCUCACAGCUCAUAAUCCAUCCAUGCUUUUUCAAUAAGGUGCAGCAAUUCCAGAAGAAAAUGAAGACGCAUAUGGUGGGGUUUCAGACCCAUCUCAGUUCCUCCUCUAUUUAACAAGAAUUUGGUAGAAAUUACCCAUGGAAAUUUACAGAGUUCUAUCCAUGCUCUGUCCAUUCUGUUAGGGAUUCUGCUGUUUCUGAUUCAAUUACUCCAUCCAGAUGCCUCUUCAAUGGAUCUAACAAUACGGUUCAGUGCACUGUAAAUUUACUGUUUCUUGUGUUGUACAAUCAGGAUUUUUAUCUUUUGUGUUGGCUUCUUUGUGGACGCAUGAUUUUGGGUACCCCUCUUCUGGAUUGCUAUUUUUAUUAUGAAAACUGUUUGUGGUGAGAUUUGAGUUUGGAUAUAUAGAACAGGAAAGGGGAACUUUUGGGUUGGUGCUUUUUGUUAUAUAUACAAUUUUUCCUGGCAGCAAUGGUGUCUGCAAAUGACCCUAUGGAAUCGUUUCUCAAUUCAAUUCAAGUGGUGAAAGAUGCACUCUCGCCACUUGAACUUGGGAUUCGGAAAGCGGCAAAAGAUAUUGAGAAUUGCUGGGGAGUUUCUAAGAACAAUAGGGUUAAUAAUCUUGAAUUCAGAUCCACUGAUAAUAGGAACUUUAACACUAAGGUUCAGAUCUGUGCUGUGAAAAAGAGAAGUUCUAGUAAUAACAAUGGCAGUAAUGGGAACUCUGUGGCUGGAGAAGAGAGGAAGAAAGGUUUUUCCAUUAAGGUUCCUAUUAGAACUUUUUUGGGCUUGCUUUCACUGAAUCCAGAAAAUGGGAUGGGGAAGAAAGGGUUGAAAGAGAAGGAAAUAGGGAGUGAAGAUGGGUCUUGCACGAAUUGUUUGCAGUUUGCAGUAACUUGGUCCUUGUUAGUUAAUAGCUUUGUUCAGGCAUUUCCUAGCCCUUUCAAGACAAGCAAGAAGCGGUUUCAGAAAUUAGGUGAUGAUGAUAGAGGUAAUUUGCAUUUGUGCAAACAUGGGUUAAGAUCAGAGGUUUCUAGUGAGUUAAAUCAAAAGGAAUUACAAGGUCAUUAUGUUAAAGCAGUUCAGGAUGAUAGUGAAAACCAUACAGAAGGGAAACAUCUAUCGCUUGAAUGCAUUAUAGGUUUUAUUUUUGAUCAAAUGGCUCAUAAUUUACACAAAUUUGAUCAGAGUUUGCAGCAAGCAGACGUCAAUCGUUGUGAUUAUGAUCGCUCAACUCUGCCAUCUGAAUCCUCUCAGUUUGAUCAUUUGAGGGCACUCGUGAGUAUUUGGGAAGGUCGAAAGGUGGAUGUAAAUGGGUUUUUGGGGAAUUUGAAGUUUGCAAGAGUAGGAGGUGUGCCGUCUGGUAUGGUUGGAGUAUCAUCUUCUGUCAGUGAAGGAAGUGAUGAUGGUAUCAGUGGUGGGAAUGGGGAGGAAACUGGGGGCAAUUCACCGCAGAAGCUGGCAAGUGGGUUGCUCAGUAUUCCCUUAUCUAAUGUAGAGCGUUUGAGGUCUACAUUAUCUGCUGUUUCGUUGACAGAGCUAAUUGAGCUUGUGCCACACCUGGGACGGUCUUCUAAAGACUAUCCUGACAAGAAGAAGCUAUUCUCUGUCCAGGAUUUCUUUAGGUACACAGAGUCUGAAGGAAGGAGGUUCUUUGAGGAACUUGAUAGAGAUGGUGAUGGUCAAGUAACAUUGGAAGAUCUUGAGAUUGCAAUGAAAAGAAGGAAAUUGCCACCAAGAUAUGCUCGAGAAUUUAUGCAGCGUGCUAGAAGUCACUUGUUUUCAAAAUCAUUUGGUUGGAAGCAGUUUCUGUCCUUGAUGGAACAAAAGGAACCAACGAUUCUCCGUGCUUAUACUUCCCUUUGUUUAAACAAGUCUGGGACCCUAAAAAAGAGUGAAAUAUUGGCAUCACUUAAGAAUGCUGGCCUUCCAGCAAAUGAAGACAAUGCUGUUGCUAUGAUGCGAUUUUUGAAUGCUGACAUAGAAGAAUCUAUUUCUUAUGGGCAUUUUCGAAAUUUUAUGCUUUUGCUACCUUCUGAUCGACUCCAAGAUGAUCCUAGAAGCAUAUGGUUUGAAGCUGCAACAGUUGUCGCUGUUGCACCACCUGUGGAGAUACCAGCUGGGAGUGUUCUAAGAUCUGCAUUGGCUGGGGGCCUAUCAUGUGCACUCUCUUGUUCUCUGUUGCAUCCUGUUGAUACAAUAAAGACUCGGGUGCAAGCAUCAACCCUUUCUUUCCCAGAGAUUAUUUCAAAGCUUCCAGAGAUUGGAGUUCAGGGAUUAUAUAGGGGUUCAAUCCCUGCAAUUCUUGGACAGUUCUCAAGCCAUGGCCUUCGAACUGGGAUAUUUGAAGCUAGUAAACUUGUGCUCAUAAAUGUUGCCCCAACACUCCCAGAAUUACAGGUUCAAUCUUUAUCAUCUUUCUGCAGCACAUUUUUGGGGACAGCAGUCCGGAUCCCAUGUGAAGUGUUGAAGCAGCGAUUGCAGGCAGGUCUUUUUGACAAUGUAGGGCAGGCUAUCAUUGGUACUUGGCAGCAAGAUGGUCUGAAGGGAUUUUUUCGUGGGACUGGUGCUACACUUUGCCGUGAAGUUCCAUUUUAUGUUGCUGGCAUGGGACUGUAUGCUGAAUCUAAAAAGUUUGCUCAACAACUUCUACGACGGGAGCUAGAACCUUGGGAAACAAUUCUAGUUGGGGCUAUAUCCGGAGGGCUAGCUGCUGUAGUCACUACCCCAUUUGAUGUGAUGAAAACUAGAAUGAUGACUGCACGGGGAAGAUCCUUACCGAUGACAAUGGUAGCCUUUUCUAUACUUCGUCAUGAGGGACCCCUCGGGCUAUUUAAAGGAGCAGUGCCAAGGUUUUUCUGGAUUGCUCCUUUAGGUGCCAUGAACUUCGCUGGUUAUGAGCUAGCAAGGAAGGCCAUGGACAAAAAUGAGACAUGAAGUGAUCAGCCAUGUUAGAAGAAGUUGACUAGUUCUGGUAGCCUUUAUGAAAACUUUUAAAAACAUUAUACAUUGAAGCUCCCAGGUUUUGUUUUGUGAAUGCUGCAGGAAAGUUUUGUGCUCUUUCCGAAUUUUAGUUGCAUAUACACAUAAUCUGCCGACAAGUAGCUAAGACAUUGUACUUUUCAGUCAGUUUAUUGUAUCAAAAUUUUCUUGGUCUAUCAGGGAUGACUGCACAAAUCUUUUUGUUUUUUUUUUGGGCUGAAUCUUGUAUCUAUUUAAUUUGUGUACAUUUCAUGUGCAGCUCGUUCCAUUUUUUCCUUGAUAUCAGAAUUUCCAUUUGUAUUA